AUGUGGUCGGUUCUACACCGACGGCAGUUUGCAAUAAUUGCUGGAUUGAUGCAGACAGUUUUCAUUUUACUUUUCGCAAAAUAUGUCAAAUACAUUGAUCCACUUGAUGAUUCACGAAGAGUCUAUUCGGGAACUGAUUAUCCUUUGUUCCAGGAUGUACAUCUUAUGAUUUUUGUGGGCUUUGGAUUUCUUAUGGCCUUUUUGAAAAGAUAUGGAUUCUCAGCUGUAUCUGUGAACCUUCUUCUCUCUGCAUUCGUCAUUCAAUUCGCAAUGCUUCUUCGUGGAUUUUUGACAGUUGCAUUCAAUGAAACUGGACUUUUUAGUAUCGGUAUUCCAGAAAUGAUAUCUGCUGAAAGUUCUUGUGCAGCUGUUUUGAUCACAAUGGGAGUGCUCCUAGGAAGACUGACACCUGUUCAAUUCCUUCUGCUUGCGUUCUUCGAGACGCUGCUAAACGUGGUAGUAGAGCAUUUCGUAUUCAACUAUCUUCAUGUCAAUGACAGUGGAAGAUCUCUUUCUGUCCACACUUUUGGAGCAUAUUUUGGUUUGGCUGCAGCGUUGGUUGGACAUAAAAAGAAUGUGAUGGAAAUGGAUGAGCAUGGAGGAAUUCAUCACUCGGAUUUGUUUUCAAUGAUUGGAACUCUCCUCCUCUGGGUCUUCUUUCCCUCCUUCAACGCUGCUAUUCAAGAACCUGAAGACGCACGCCACAGAGCAAUUAUGAACACAUAUCUGGCAAUGGCAUCAAGUACAGUAACCACAUUUAUGAUAUCUUCUUGUGUAGAUGAUCUUGGAAGAUUCAACAUGAUUCAUAUUCAAAGUUCAACUCUGGCUGGUGGUGUUGCCAUUGGAUCCGCAGCAAAUGCGGUUCUUUAUCCAUACCAUGCAGUAAUCGUUGGUGUUGUAUCUGCAAUACUAUCCGUUAUUGGACAUGCUUGGAUCAGUCCAAGACUUGAGAGGACAUUUCAUUUGUUCGAUACCUGCGGAGUUCACAAUCUACACGGAAUGCCGGGAAUUUUAGCUGGAUUAUUGAGCAUUGGAUUUGCCUACUUUUAUGAACCCGAAAGUUAUGGAAAGACGUUGUAUCACAUUUAUCCGUAUUGGGUAGGCGGUGAAUUGAAUGGAGAUCGAGAUAAUGUUUCCCAAGCACAAUACCAAGCUAUUGGAUUGGUCGUGAUUCUAGUGACUGCAAUAAUUGGAGGAUUACUAACAGGUUGCAUUCUAAAAAUAAAAGUAUGGAAUCAAGUCGACGAUCCUGACUUCCCUCAUGGAGAAAUGAACUAUUAUGCUCAAUCAGAUGUGAACUUUUUGAGCAAAUACAAACAUGCUCAAGAGCAACAACGCCUUCGGGAGCGAGAGCAGAUGCACGAGAUCUAUUGA